CUCUCCCGCUCUGUGCACUUGGCCACACGCCCAAGUACAGCACGCUCUCUGUACUGCACAAAUAGCCGCCUUAGUGGCUUGAUAUCAUCCUCCAUCUCUGCCAGGACAUCAGCGUCUGUAAAGGCACUAACCAUCCCCGUACUUCUCUUCGUGCCGCACAAAGCAACAAUGGCAACUGCAGCGGCUGUCAACACGGCCCGAUUCUUGGCAGAUCAAGCGCCUCCUUACGCUGGCAUGUCCAUAGGACCAUCCUUUGGCUUGCUCACGGAGAAGGAGAAGCUGUACGCUCACUGGCUCAGCCGUGCAUCAUGGGAGGGCGCUCGUGUGAUCAUGAAUCAAUGGACCCCUUAUGCUGAGAAGUUGUACAACUUGAUCGUCCUUGCGAUGUCGAGCCCGAACGAUAAGGCGAAGAUGACAGAUCUGGUGAAGAUGAAGGAGGUUUCAGGAGUGAGCGACGCGGAUUGGACUAUGUUUCUUGAGUACGUGAGCCAGGUGCUUAGCAACCUGGUGAACUAUAAAAGCUUUGGCGGGUCCAAGUUCAUCCCUCGCAUUUCCUCCGAGACGUUCGGGAAGAUCCUCAAAGCAUCGCCGAAUGCUGAGCAGCUCACGAGCCUUUGGAAUGAGCUCAAGGUAAGGAUGUGGUCUCUGGAGCCCGAAUCGGAGUUGCUCAUCGGGAAGCCAUCUGCUGGCCAUAUCUCCAACUACUAUCUUGGAAAGACAAUCUCCGAUGAGGAAGUCGAUGAAGUACAGAAGGUGUGCGAAAAGCUCAGUGUCGACCCACUCAACACCCGUGUUAAGAAAGUCUCCUCGUCCGAGUAUAUCAUUCUCAUCGCAAGCGCGGAGAAGAAGACCGAGUCGCAUACCGUCGACCUGGGCAACACCAAGCUCAACAUCACUGUUCAGUACGGCGACUUCUCCGGGGAGAUGAGCCGGGUGGCCGCGGCGCUGAAGGAGGCGAAGAAGUAUGCGGCAAACGCCCACCAGGAAGGCAUGCUGGACGGGUAUAUAGCCUCGAUGGAAACCGGAGACAUGAAGGAGCAUCGUAAGGGCUCGAUUGAGUGGGUGAAAGAUGUCGGCCCUGUUGUCGAGUCCUACAUCGGCUUCAUUGAGACGUAUGUUGACCCGUUCGGCGCCCGCGCGGAGUGGGAGGGCUUCACCGCCAUCGUCAACAAGGAUAUGAGCGCAAAGUACGAGAAGCUGGUUGCCAUGGCACCGAGCAUCUUACCCAGCUUGCCUUGGGGAAAGGCGUUUGAGGUGGACGUGUUCAAGAAGCCAGACUUCACUGCGCUGGAAGUGCUCAAUUUUGCCACUGGUGGCAUUCCUGCUGGCAUCAACAUCCCCAAUUAUUAUGAAGUUCGAGAAUCCCAGGGUUUCAAAAAUGUCUCUCUGGCCAACAUCCUUGCUGCGAAAACACCCAAUGACCGGCGUCCCUUCGUGGCAAAGGAGGACUUCGACCUUUGCGCCAAGUAUGAAGACGAGGCCUUCAACGUCCAAGUGGCCAACCAUGAGCUCCUGGGCCAUGGCUCUGGAAAACUCAUGAAGGAGAACGAGGAUGGCACAAAGAACUUUGACCCGGAGAAGACUAUCAACCCUCUCACCGGCAAGCCGGUUGAUACGUGGUACAAGCCUGGCCAGACGUACGGGCAAGUUCUUGGCACAUGUUCGUCAUCGUUCGAAGAAUGUCGCGCGGAGGCCGCUGCGAUGUACCUCGUCUUCAACCGCGACAUUCUAAAGCUCUUCGGCCACACAGAGGAGCAAGAUAUUGAGGAUUUGCAAUAUAUCUCCUAUCUUAUCAUGGCUCGUGCUGGCAUUCGGGCACUCGAGUUCUACGACGUUGCCGCGAAGAAGCAUCUGCAGGCGCACAUGCAAGCUCGCAUGGGGUUGUUGCUUUCCAUGAUUCAAGGCGGAAUCGCAAGGCUGGAAGAAAUCCGCUCCGCCGACGGAACUCUAGAAGACCUUAUCAUCAGAGUGGACCGACAGGCGGUUCUGAAGAACGGAAAGGACGUAUUUGGCAAAGUGCUUGUCGACCUACAGAUACGGAAGAGUAUUGCUGAUGGCGAGGGUGCCCGUGCUUUCUACGAGAAGCUGACGAAUCCUCCUGAGAACUGGCUAGGCGAUGUGCGUGAUAUGGUUCUCAAGAAGAAGCAACCACGCAAGAUAUUUGUUCAGCCCAAUACAGUUGUUGAGAACGGCAAAGCAGUCCUCAAGGAGUAUCCUCUGUCUGCGGAAGGCACUAUCCAGAGCUUCAUUGAGAGGGCCAUUUGAAUGCCGAGAUGACCGGGUUUGUACUUUGCAUAUGGGUUGAAUCGAAACGAGAAACAAUGAUGA